AUGUCAAACACAAUUCAAAAUCCAGUAUCUGAUUCUUCGAAUAAAUUUUUAGAAAGUAAAAGUAAUGGCAAUAACAAGAAUAAUAGCAAGAAUAAUAACCAGAUAGAUGCUGAAUCGCUCCUUUCCAACCAACAUAGCCAAAUAUCUAUAACCCCAACAUCUUCCUCGUCAUCCAGAGAUAUCUCAUUAACUAAAAAUAGUACUAACAAUAAUAAUGCAAAGAAAAUUGAAAAGAAAGGCUCUUCUUCAAAUAUAACUAAAGUAAAAGACAUUAAACAGGCUAAAAUAUCAUCUUCUAAAAGAAAAUCAAAGAAAAAUAUGUGUUUCCAUCCAGAUUGUACUAAAUCUAUAGCCAAAUUCAUAGGUGACUGUAAUUUCUGUAAUGGUCAUUUUUGCUCAAGUCAUCGAUUAAUGGAAUCUCAUAACUGUAAGGGUUUGGCAACUUGUAAAGAACAAUUACAUAAAAGAAAUGCCGAUAAAUUAACCAAAGAACAAACUAUUGUGUCAAAGAUUCAAAUAUAA